CGAGCCGCUCUUUCAAGUAUCGCGUGAGCGGCCCCGCUGCCCGACGCCACGUCCUGCCGGUGCCGCUGGGGAGCGGCGGCCAUCGAGCCGGGACGGGGCUGCGGACGGCUGAGGUUGAAAGAAAAAAGGAUUUAAUGAACGCGCGGCCCGUCGAAAUGGGGAGACGCCGAAAGCAGCAGCAGCAGCGAGGUGUCUGAUCGGCCUUCUGCCCCUGCUACCUGCCGCCUUUGGGAUGAGAAGAGGAAGAUGCGUGUUAUGAUCCUUGUGGAAAGACAGUCCGUGUAGAAGCCAUGUGCUGAGCUGGGCCAUCCUGACGAAAUGGGGGUGCUUUUGUUCUUCGUGCCUUUUAGUUUCCUUCUGACUGUCGUGCGAGGGCACAGCUUGUUCACGUGUGAACCGAUCACUAUUUCCAGGUGUUCAAGAAUGCCUUACAAUAUGACUUUUUUCCCGAAUAUCAUGGGACAUUAUGAUCAGGACACUGCUGCACUCCAGAUGGAGCCUUUUCUUACUCUCAUGAAUCUUCACUGUUCACCAGACGUCCAUACAUUUCUGUGCAAAGCCUUUGUUCCUGCCUGCCUGGAGCAAGUUCACGUGAUUCACCCUUGUCGUAACCUCUGUGAGAAGGUGUAUUCUGACUGCAAGCAACUGAUUGACACUUUUGGAAUCACGUGGCCUGAAGAGCUGGAGUGUAGCAGACUAGCUGAUUGUGAUGAGACUGCUCCUGCCACUGCUCCUGUAACCACGGAUGCUCAUGGAACUCAGAAGACCCCAGGGCAAACACGAAGGGAUUAUGGAUUCUGGUGCCCACGACACCUACAUACUUCCAAUGGACAAGGCUACAAAUUUCUGGGCAUCGAUCAGUGUGCACCACCGUGUCCCAAUAUGUACUUCAAGAAUUAUGAAUUGGAUGUUGCAAAAAGCUUCAUUGGAAUAGUUUCAAUCUUUUGUCUUUGUGCUACGCUUUUCACAUUCCUUACUUUUCUGAUUGAUGUCAAAAGGUUUAGGUACCCAGAGAGGCCGAUCAUCUAUUACUCCGUCUGUUACAGCAUAGUGUCUCUAAUGUACUUUAUUGGAUUUCUUCUUGGGAAUAGAACUGCCUGUAACAAGGCAGAUGAUAAGCUAGAAAUUGGGGAAACAGUUGUUCUCGGCUCCCAGAACAAAGCCUGCACCAUCCUCUUCAUGAUCCUCUACUUCUUCGGCAUGGCCAGCUCCAUCUGGUGGGUCAUCCUGUCCCUCACCUGGUUCCUGGCAGCAGGAAGAAAAUGGAGUUGUGAAGCUAUUGCACAAAAGGCCAUGUGGUUCCACGCAGUUGCGUGGGGGAUACCUGGUUUUCUAACCAUUAUGCUUCUUGCAAUGAACAAAGUAGAAGGGGACAACAUCAGUGGAGUCUGUUUUGUAGGUCUCUAUGAUGUGGAUGCCUCUCUGUACUUUGUGCUUUUGCCAUUAUGCCUUUGUGUUUUUUUCGGUCUCUCUCUUCUACUAGCUGGUAUUAUCUCUUUAAAUCACGUGCGGCAAGUCAUACAGCAUGAUGGCAGAAACCAAGAGAAGCUAAAAAAGUUUAUGAUCAGGAUUGGAGUUUUUAGUGGCUUAUACUUAGUGCCACUUGUGGCACUUCUUGGAUGUUAUGUCUAUGAACUGGUGAACCGGAAGAUCUGGGAAACAACUUGGGUGUUUGACCACUGUGACCAGUACCAUAUUCCUUGUCCCUACCAGGCAAAGGCACUCGCAAGACCAGAAAUAUUUCUGUUUCUGAUGAAAUAUUUGCUGACAUUAAUUGUUGGCAUAUCUCCAGUGUUCUGGGUGGGAAGUAAAAAGACCUGUUCGGAAUGGGCCAAUUUCUUCAACAGAAACCGCAAAAGAGAUCCAAUAAGCGAGAGUCGAAGAGUACUGCAAGAAUCAUGUGAAUUUUUCUUGAGGCACAAUUCCAAAGUUAAACAUAAGAAGAAGCACUACAAAUCAAGUUCGCACAGAUUGAAAGUAAUCUCUAAGUCAAUGGGAACAAGCACAGGUGGCACAACAAAUCAUGGAACUUCUGCAGUAGCAAUCACCAGUCACGAUUACCUGAGCCAAGAAACCGUUGCAGAAAUUAAAACAUCUCCAGAGACAUCUGAGAAGGAGAUGGAGGCGGAUGGAGCAUCAGCCCAAAAAGCUGAGGAAGGUGAAAACAGUGGAAAUCAAAUGUUAAGUAUUUCUAAACUGACUGUGGAUCAGGUGGAAAAAAGAACCAAAGCAGACAGCACGUGUGAUAUGAGUAGCUUGUCUGAGAGCCUGAAGAGAAUUGGUGAAGGCAGGGUGACUCCCAGGAACGAUUUGAUUGAAUCUCCUCCAUUACAAAGCAGCAGCUCCCAAAUAGCAGCCGUCUCCCAGUCGGGCUCCGUGUCACUGCUCGUCUACUCAGCUGCAGACAGCAGGAAGGAGCUGGACUCAGGAAACAGUUCAAACCAUUGAAAGACUGACAUUUUUAUAUGAACUCUUUCCACGUAUAACACUGAUGCAGGUUUUGUAACACUGAAAGCAGCAGAUAUUCUGUGCCUUACUAAAAAUCAGUCGUAUCUUCUUUUGCACUUAUAAAAAUGUAAGUUUUGUAUUGGGGACAACUGGCAAUAACGUACUGUAUUUAUACCCAUCCCGGAAUAAUGGAAAUAGGGGUUCUAUGGGACGCGGCUGGAUUGCUUAGCAGUAACUUAAGGAGAUGAAAGAAAUAUUCCUGAUGCAAAGAACACUGUAAAAUAAAUUGCAUUGAAAUAAUGCAGCAAAAGCACUGUUACUUUUCAAGGCGUAAGAUGUCAAUCUGCAGCUUUGAGAUCUUACAAGUUGUUUUUUUUACUACCUAUUAAACAACGUUAUCAUUUUAAGAGGUGCAAAAAGUUACUCUCUAAACUGUGUCAUGAUGUGUCUUUUAUAGCACUGUUUUAUGGUAGUUUUUACACUGAAUCUGAAAUCGAAAUGAUUUACCUUGUACAUAGGAAUGAGUUAUGUCAAUAACUGACUGCACAAGGCCUAUGUGUAGAGCUGCUGUUUUCUAUGUAUUGUACAAAUGCAGUCAGGUUCCCGUGCUUCUGUCAGAUGCUACUGAAGUCAGCAGUUUUGUGACGAUCGGGCGGUGUUACUUAUGAGUAAAGCAGAUGCAAAACUACACCAUACCCUGCAUGUUUUGGCUGGGCUGGGCAGGCAGCUCAGUGUCCCUCUGCAGGGACAGGGCCUGAGGUGCGCUGUGCCAAAUGGGAGUGCUUCAGAUCCUGGACAGCAUGGGGACAGAAUCUGAAGUACACGUUGGUUGGGUGUUGGUGGUGUUUGUCACAGAGCUGCAGUGACUGUAUCCUUCCCUUCUGUCUCUAUGCAAGUCACUUGGUUGUUUUUAAUUCUGUAGGGAAGGUACUUCCCAAGGCUUUAAUGCUGUUCCUACAGAGCCUUAAUUUUCUUCGCACUCCAGCAAUAUCAUUUCUGUAACUCAGAAAGGCCUUAAAACUUCUACAGCUUCUCUUAGGGUAGAGCAGCACAAGAGCAAGUCCUGCUGAUGCUGAUGUGGGUGGGUUCGGUUCUUCAGCUCUUAAGAAUCCUGGCUGCAGUGAACCAGAAGCUCAUUGUGCUUUGUGAGAAUGCUCAGCAUCUUCUGUUUGAUGGCCAGCAGGCAGAUUGCUCUUAGUUGAUGUUCUGUUUUGAUUUGAUGUUGCAAUUUGUGCAGCACUCGAGGUGAUGCUUUGGACCGCACAGCAAAAUUGCAUGGCGCAAAAGUCAUACAAACACUGAACAAUAAACCAAAGUUACUUGUUUCAUUGAUGAUGCAUUACAGAUGGAAUGUAUUUACUUUUAUACUGUCCUGUGCAUUUUAGCAUUUGUAAUUUAUUGCCUUAAAUAGGAUGUGCUAUAUCUUUUGUAAUUUCCCUGCUAACAAUAUCUAAUAUUCUCACUGCUGAGUGCGGUGGGAAGAGCCUGAGCAGUGUGUGGAAAUGCACACCAAGUGCUCUUCUUUCCAUUCUGUUUGUAAAUGGGUAACUUCAUACACAUGUUACUACUGUCUGUGUUAGUAAUAAACUGUUGUAUAGUGAAGGCCUUGAGUUGACGUUUCUGUUAACUAGACUCGACAUGUUUGUUUCUCUGCUUCUGGGGCAUUUCUGCACCUGAGACACUUUGAUGUAUUCUGACUUAGAGCUGUAUGAGGUAAUAAAGCUGAAAAAUAGGUAAUUCAUA